AUGGUUUUGCUGACGGUCUGGCAUGCUGUCGUCAGAGUAAUCGUUGGAACCAAUCCAACCUUCGGCAGUGAGCUCUACGUGCUAAUUGCCUUCAUCAUUCUCUACGCGAUCGGGUUGUCGAUCUUUGCUUUAUACGUGAAUUUUGAUGUGAGUCCUUACCGCUGUUUGCUAGACCGAAUUGAGCAUAUCUUUGCUCCUAUCACUAACCCUUGGGCAAUGUGGGAUUUUUUGGAAUUAUUCCUUCAGAUUCCAUGCAGCUAA